AUGGAUCGUAUAAUCGAAAAACGUUCUUGUUCACAAACACCUCCGCCGAAGAUCAGGGGCCAAAUCAAGAGGAGAGACGACACUCGACCCGUUCCUACAUCCAAUUGGAACGAAAGAUCUUACGAAGAGGAUUCCAAUUUCCGAAGCAAUGUCAAAAGUUCAACGAGAAGAGAGCCAAGAAAUUUUGCAUUGAAAGUUGAAAACGACAUUGAGAGCAAUGAAAAUAAGAAAAUCGAUGUGAGAAAUGUUGGAGUCGAAAAUGAGAAUGAGAGUGAAAAUGAAGAAUUUGAAAAAGAAAUUGUUUGUGCAAAGGAGAAAGAGUGUAAAAUUUCAAUUUGCACUAACAACCUUAACCAUUCUUCUUCUAUUUUUGGAUCUUCAUUGUUGCAGGAGGACAAGACGAGUACUUCCAGAAACAUGAUAAACACAUCGCCAACCCUAUUGAUGAUCGAGCAUCGUCCAUGCUCUAGCAAUGUUUCAAAGAAGGACUUAAUGAAAAUUUCUAUUCCCAAGGAACUGGUACCCAAUGAUAUCAUCAAGUAUCAUCCAAGGUUUAAUCUUUCUAACUCUUUUGUUAUUGAUUUACCUACUAACUUUUAUUUACUAUUUGGAGGGACGAUACAAAAACGUGGAAUUGAUGUAUUGAGUUGCGAGGAUAAGUAUCUUUGCAAUCUUGAUAAGAAAUUGCCACUCUCCAAUUUGCAAAUAAACGAUUUGAAGGAAAAGCUAUCCCACCAUCCUCAUGAUGAUUCAAGGAAAUAUGAAGUUACCAAAUAUGAAGUCAAGAGGUUGACCAUUGGAGAAAGGUAUGAGGAUUCCAUCCAUCCUACAUCAAGAAGGUCUUCAAUGAGAAAUCAUUUCGAUUUGAGGACAAAUCGCCAAAAAGAAAGGGAGGAUGAUGUGAGCACGUUUAGGGCCGGUUUUCUCCAUGACGAAAACCCCUCAAGGACGUUCUACCUUAUUAACUCUAAGGGAGGAACACAAAGCUCAUGCUCCAUACUGGGCGGUUUUUGAGGAGGUUAUUUGACAUAUUUUCAUGGU